UGGAUCUUUUUGGCUCACACGAUUCUAACGGUACAAAAGCUACACGGUGGUUGUGGGAAGUAACCAGUGAUGUCCUCUCAGUUUUUUUCUCUUCCUCUUCACCUUCCUAGCUUCGCAUAAAGGUAUCCUUUUGUUCCUAUUCGACCCCAAAAGAACUCUGUGCCAAUAUCUAGCUACUGGUACGUAGUAGCUAGCUAGAGUAGCGGAAGCAAUCAGAUUGAUCAUUCAUUCUACCGUAUAGCUAACUAAUAAGACCAAGCAAGAGCUACCACCAUGACGAAACUCUUAGUCUCUCCGUUUUCCCGCCGCAGGCUUGUGCUUGCCUCGAUCUUUCGCAGCAAAAGUCCAGCCAAGAAGAAGGCUGCCCGCGGCAAUGACGAUACCGGUACUUGGAAAGAUCAUGACAGCAAUCUGGUCAUGGACAAGACAGAAGAGGAAGAAGGAAGCAGCGUCGAGAUUGCUCUCAUGAAACUGGAAGAAUCGGAUACGGAAGUCACCGUGGGCAGUACCAGUUCUUGGGUCUCCUUGGAGUUGCCCCUCAAGCCCGACGCGGAAGUGCAAGUCGCCAUCAAGGCCAAGCCGCAGCCCAAGAAGAAGAGUGUCGCCUUUUCCGACGUGACGGUCCGCCAGUACGAGCUGAUUCUAGGAGAUAAUCCGGGCUGCAAGUACCCGCUCUCUUUGGGUUGGAACUAUGCGGAACAAGCCAUGGUCCAAGUCGAUGCCUUUGAACAAGACCGGGAACGCCGUAUGGAUGUCUCCAAGAAUGAUCGUAUCGAGCCGCGGCUCUACUUUGCUCCGGAUGAAACCAGUCCUCUCUAUAUGGCAGCCGAUCACUACCUCAGUGACGUCCACAUGGAACAAGAUUAUUCAGACUACAAGCCUCAUGUUCCUACGGAGCUAUCACUCUACGAACGAAGAGCCCGGUUGCGGGCUUUUGGGUACACGGAAGCCAACCUGAGAAACCUAGAGCGUCAGAGGCUCACCGCUCUCGCCCUGGAGUGGAAGAAUGGUGGCACCCCCGCGUUCCCCUUCAGCCACAAGUACGUCUCCCGGUACACCAAGUAAAUCAUCCAUCUCCUCCUUCUUCUACCUAUCUACCUGCCGGUAGAUCUAUCGAUACCUACCUGCAUGCUGCACUAUGGUCCUUCAU